AUGUCAGCCCAACACACUCCUUCACCCUCUUCUUCUACCACCCGUCGCUCCCAGCGCUGGUCAAUUCACGCUCUCCAAGACCUCGACGGCCUUGCAUUCCACAGCACGACUCCUUCUCCGGCCCGGCAUAACGGCGACCCCUCCGACAUUCCCACACCACCGCCGCCCAGCCAACGGUCCGUCAACAACAGAAGCCACAGGCGCACAUCGAGCAGCUCGUUACCUCGCUCACUCCGACGCAUCACUUCCACCAGCGCAUUGUUGCAACCCCCUUCCUCCUAUUCACCAUCCGUUGCGGCACCACCGUCCUCCUCCCUCCGCAACCUGCCGCGCACCCCUGCGUUUGAGCGCGCCUACGCCUUUUUUGAAAACCGCGGCUGGGACAGUGAUCGCGACCUCGCCUUCACCGCCGCCGCCGCCGCUGCCGAGCCGACAUCCAAGAGGAUCGUCUCGCGCUCGUCGACGCUCUCGCUAUCGUCUCGCGCUCGAGACCAGCAGGAGGAAGCACCCCAACACCAGCCAUCACCGUCGCAGGACCGUGGCCACAGUGGGGACAGAGCAGGAGCAGACCGCGACUUUCUUACCUGGCACAGCAUGGGUGAGCAACCCUUGCAUUCACCAACCGUGCGACCUGCACCUGUGCACCAGAGCUACGACCGCGAACACCGUACCGCCGGCGACAGACAUAGCGGCGAAUACAACAAUUCGCCCUCGCCAAACAAGGAAUCGAGAUCGUUUCAACACGCACGAGGCUGGGUGCGCACCCCUCGAGCGACGGCAGCGGCGGCGACCACAUCCACCUCGCCGACGGCAUUGACGCACUCGCGCACACCACACAAAGAACGCAUGUUCCGCGACGAGCGAGCGUUCCCGGCACGCUCGCCUGCAGCGUUUAUGGACCGCCUUUUCAUCCAGGAGGAAUCCGGCGAGAAGCCUUCCUCCACUUCCCACGCACAACAACGCCAUGUGCGCCGCCCGUCGUCCCAAACAUUGCUGAACGUGUCCAUGCUUGACGCAUCGUUCCAGGCCGCGUCUAUCGGCGACAGGACGUAUGAUGCCCUCGAGGUCGCUGUCGAAAGCAACCGCGAACGUCGGAGGAGCAUGGGACUGACUCUCCGCCCUGCAAACACUGCUUCUGCGCGGCCGUCGUCCCCAUCCAGCACGGGCAGCAGCACGUUGAGCGUGUCCACCCCGCCUUCCUCUACAUCCGACUCGUUGCUGUCGCCCGUCGUCCCAAUGAGCAAGCGCCGGCCAUCAUGCACCAACCUCACCGCAAAGCUCGAAGCCGCACAGCAGGAAGAGGAAGUGCUGCAAGACGAAAACCGCUUCCUCGCCGCAGCACCGAGCCAUCGUACCCCUGCGCGCCGUUCCCCACUGCGCCACCAGGCAACCACAAACUUUGUUGGCGAGGCUCCGCGCCGCCAACAGUCGGCCAUCUUUGAACCAAACGCCAGUGUUGGGGUGCUCCUCGACUCGGAGAGCUUCCAGCUCACCCCGCCAUCCUCGGCCCGCACUCCAGCCCCGUCGCGUACGCAGGCAGCGUCCACCCCGUCGGCGGCUACCGCGUUCACUCCCCACCGUCGCCACCCCGUUUCAUCACACCGUACAACACACGCCGCCGACGUCACUGUUGACAUCGCUACGCUUCUUGGUCGCGGGGCAAGCAGGCCCAAGCGCGCCAGUGGUACCGAAGAGAGCUUCCUCGUCGGCGCAGGGGCCCAGGGCCUUCAGCUCGCCGACCUCUCGGAUGCGGAAGGAGACGACACCAUCGUAGAAGAACCUAUCGUCCCUGCAUCUCUUCGUCCUUCUCGUCAAGUGUCAUCCACCGGCGGUAUGAGCAGGUCGGCUACGCUCGCGCACAUCGACACACGGGGGUUGCCCGUUGCAGGCAGCGGCAGCCUCACUAGUGGUGGUGGUCUUCCUCGCUCCGACUCGACGCGUACCAUCACCCGGUCGGAUUCGACCCGUACCAUCCAGCGCUCCGAUUCGACGCGCACCAUCCAGCGUUCAGACUCGACGCGUGCCAUCCAGCGAUCGGACUCGACCCGUGGCAGCGGCCUCACGCGCGUGGGUUCGUCACGCGUGCCCGGGUCCAUGUCGAGCCGCGCUCUUCCUUCCUCGGCAUCGACGCGGUUUGUGUCAUCCCACCUCGCCCGAGAGGCGCACGCGAGCACCACCCCGCGCCGUGUUGCUGUGGACCGCCCAGACGUUCCCCUCUCCAUGCGUCGUACCCCCGCGACUCAGUCUCGGCCAGGCAGCUCUGUCCCCGCCCCAUCCUCGGAGGACAGAUGGGCCGACGCGGUCGAACGCUUCCCAGCACCGAUCCUGACCCCGGCGACCCACACUCCCGCUGCAGAACGCCGCAUGCCCACGUCCGUCUCGUCGCGCCGCAUCUCGGUCGCCGCCACCGGGUCGACUCUGCCGCGCAGUGGCUCGACACGCGCGCUCGAACGUACCUCAACUCUGCCUCGGUCGGGAUCGACACGCAACGCUGUGGCCACGGAACAACAAUCCCGCUCGACGCUCCCCCGAUCUGGCUCAGGCAGGGACCUGACGCGCGGCGACAGUGCUGCAUCGUCAUACUCUGAGACCCCCGGCUCGGGUAUGACGCGCACAUCUUCAAUGAAGCGCCUCGACACGCGCCGCACUUCACUGGCGCCAACACCACGCCAGCCGGUCGCCGAGACUCAAAGACAGUCCAUGUCCCUUGCUCCGACUACCGCUACAGCUUCGCGCCAGACUCUCCCAGCGCCGACCCCGCGUCGCUCCCUCGCGCCUACCGCGUCUUUGGGACACAGGACGGUCACAAAGGUCUCGUCCCGCCCCUCCCUCGCGCCGCGCACAAGGGCCCUCGCCGAGGCCACGCCGACAGCCACCAACAUUGCCUCCCGGCGCACGCCUUCGACUCCUGGUGCCGGUGUCGCCCUCGCCCGUACGAAGCUGUCCUCGCCCCCACCACCCGACCACGCUGCCGCGCGACGUGCCGGCCCCACCGCCGCAGUGGGAUCCGCCGCUGCACGCCUCGAGGAAGCCAAGGCCCGCCUCGCUGGCGGGACGGGACUGGGUGGCGGUGCUGGCGGUGCUGCUGCUGCUGGUGCUGCCCCGAGAGAGAGCGCGAUCGCGCAAGCGCGUAUCGCGGCGCACAGGACCAGCAGCACUGUCUCUGGUCUUGCGGGGAUUAGGCAGCGGAUGGGUGCGAUUGAGGCUGCGAGGGCUGCGAGGUACCAGUGA